CUGGAGGUGAAGGGCGCCUCCCUUUACUCCUCACCUGGGCUCUGACCAACCACCUCACUUCGUCUGUCCCAGGAGCCAAGAGUGAAGGCAGAAGCGUCUUGCUCACCCUGGACAACAGGUCCCAGGAGCUCCCAGUUGGCAAGUGACAACUGUGGGAUGUGAGUCUGGCUGGAAGCCAGAGGUAAACUGCCAAGUCACUGCCCUCAACAUGUCACAGGUGAUGUCCAGCCCCCUGCUGGCAGGAGGCCCCGCAGUCGGCUUGGCUCCCUGCGAGGAACCCAGGAGGGCCCUGCACCCAGCCCCCAGCCCCAGCCUGCCGCCGCCGUGUCCCUACUACACCACGGAAGGCUGGGGAGCGCAGGCCCUGAUGGCCCCCAUGCCCUGCAAGGGGCCCCCUGGCAGGCUCCAGCCAGCCCCACAGGCUGGAGCCAAUGCCAGCUGCCUCCUGAAGGCCCCAGGGGAGCAGGUCUCAGGGGCUCAGGAAGACCUUGACUCCUACAUUGACUUCUCACUGGAGAGCCUCAACCAGAUGAUUCUGGAGUUGGACCCCACCUUCCAGCUGCUCCCUCCUGGGCCUGGUGGCCCCGAGGCCCAGCCCACCCAGAGCACUACCUUGGGAAAGAAGAAAGAAGAGCCUGAAGCCUUGGAUAUAAAGUACAUCGAGGUGACCUCCACCAGGUCAAGGUGCCACGAUGGCCCACGGAGCUGCUGCAGCCCAUCUAUCACCCCACCCUUCGGCUCCCCACGCACUGGCGGCCUCCUCCUUUCCAGAGACCUCCCCCGAGAGACUCGAAGCAGCAGCGAGAGCCUCAUCUUCUCUGGGAGCCAGGGCAGGGGGCACCAGCACCCCGCUCCCCCCUUGGCAGCUCCCUCCUCUCACCCCCCAACAUCUCCCAGCAUCUCCAUUCCUGGCAUGGGGAGCAAGGCCUCAGGCCCCCACAGCUUGGGCUCCCCACUGGUGGCUUCCCCAAGCUUGGAGAAGGGGCUGGGGGGCCAGGGCCCACAGCUGAGCAGCAGAGUCUCCAUGCUGUCAGGCAGCCCAGCGUCUGAUGUCAGCUAUGUAUUUGGAAGCAGCCAGUCCCUCCUCCACUCCAGCAUCUCCAGCCAUCAGUCAUCUUCUAGAUCCUUGGAAAGCCCCAGCAGCUCUUCCUCCAGCCUCCACAGCCUUGGUCCAGUGUCCCUGUAUACAAGAGCCAGUGACCUCCAGGUUCCCAGCAACGCCACCCCAAGCAUGGGCCAGCCCAGAGCAACCCGCUCCCCACCACUGGCCAAGGAACAUGCCAGCAGCUGCCCACCAUCCAUCACUAACUCCAUGGUGGACAUACCCAUUGUGCUGAUCAACGGUUUCCCAGAGCCAGGAUCUCCCCCAUCCCAGAGGACCCCAGGACCCCAGGACUUUGUCCGCCCUGGGGCUACUUCUUCCAGCACGCCCUGUCCAGCCACCAGGAGCCACAGCCAGACCCUGCCAGAAGCCCCUCCCACCGCAUCCCCGGAGGGUCCUGCCAGGGACAUGCAGCCCACCAUGAAGUUUGUGAUGGACACAUCUAAAUACUGGUUUAAGCCAAGCAUCUCCCGAGAGCAAGCCAUCGAGCUGCUGAGGAAGGAGGAGCCGGGGGCUUUCAUCGUGCGGGACAGUUCUUCAUACCGGGGCUCCUUCGGCCUUGCCCUGAAGGUGCAGGAGGCCCCCACAUCUGCCCAGAGCCGACCAGGCGAGGACAGCAGUGACCUCGUCCGCCACUUCCUCAUCGAGUCUUCCGCCAAAGGGGUGCAUCUCAAAGGAGCAGACGAGGAGCCCUACUUCGGGAGCCUCUCUGCCUUCGUGUGCCAGCACUCCAUCAUGGCCCUGGCCCUGCCCUGCAAACUCGUCGUCCCGCAGAAAGAAUUGGGAGGUGGAGACGGGGCCUCCGACCCCUCUGCAGAUGGCCAGGCCUCCUGUCUGAAGAAAUCUGCCGGUUGCCAUGCCCUGUACCUGAGCUCUGUGAGCGUGGAGACCCUGAGCGGAGCCCUGGCCGUGGAGAAGGCUAUCUCAGCCACCUUGGAGAGGGAUGUUCUCCCCACGCCCACCGUGGUCCACUUCAAAGUCACCGAGCAGGGCAUCACCCUGACUGACGUCCAGAGGAAGGUAUUUUUCCGGCGCCAUUACCCCCUUGCCACCCUCCGAUUCUGUGGCAUGGAUCCCGAGCAACGGAAGUGGCAGAAAUACUGCAAGCCCUCUCGGAUCUUUGGGUUUGUGGCCAAGAGCCAGACUGAGUCCCAGGAAAAUGUGUGCCACCUCUUUGCGGAGUAUGACACGCUACAGCCGGCCUCACAGGUCAUCAAUCUGGUGGGUGCUCUGCUGCAGGACCCAGAAAGGAUGUAGGGGAGGGAGCUUCCUGUGUGCCUUCCCAGACAUCCCAAGGGGCUUGCUCAGGAUCCCCCCUCUGCCCUGAGCAAGAAGCCUCUUACCACACUGAUGGACCAAUCCACUGGAAUGGAGGAGAACGGUACCAGGUUGAAACCCUUGAACUCACUAUGACCUUCAGCCAGACCCCCUUCCCUCCCGGGGUUCAGUCUCUUCAGCCUUAAAGGAGCAGGACUUCCCUGGUGGUCCAGUGGUUAAGAAUCCAAUGCAGGGGACAGGGGUUUCAACCCCUGGUCGGAGAAGAUUUCAUAUGCCAUGGAGAAACUAAACCAGUGCUCCACACCCACUGAGCCCACACUUUAGAGCCUGUGCUCUACAACAAGAGGCCAGCACAGUGAGAAGCCCACACACUGAAAGUAGAGAGUAACCCCUGCUCGCCACAACUAGAGAAAGCCCGUGCACAGCAAUGAAGAUCCAGUGCAGCCAAAGACAAAUAAAUAAAUGUUUUAGAAGGAUACGUAAAAAAAAAAAAAAAAAGGAGGCAACGGACAGGAUCAGCUGUCUCGGACAUCUGUGGGUAUCUUAACAAGUUCCCUGUGAUUCUGAAGCAGACCCACAUCUGAGACCCCCACAUGAAAAUUACCUCUGAAGACUCCUGACUCUGUCAGUCUGGACAUUACCAACACAGCAGCUUGAGCUACAGACCUGUGACCCUCGUUUCAUGGCAAACAGUAAGUGCUGGGUAGGGACCCAGGGGCCAUGGCCAGAGGCUGGCCUGAAGGAUUGAGGACCAAAGGGGGCCUCCCCGGUGGUUCAACAGGAAAGAAUCCACCUACAAUGCAGGAGAUGCAGGAGACGCAGGUUCGAUUCCUGGUUCAGGAAGACCCCCUGAAGGAAGGCAUGGCAAUCCACUCCAGUAUUCUUGCCUGGAGAAUCCCAUGGACAGAAGAGCCUGGUGGGCUACAGUCCAUAGGGUCGCAAAGAAUCAGACACGACUGAAGCGAGUUAGCACACAAGCACGCACACACAAGGACCAAAGGAGGGAUGGACUGACUCUCUUUCCCUCAUCUGUUCCUUUCCCCAUUUCCUUGACAGCUUCUUGAGCUGCUGUUCCCAGGACAGAGCUAGAUCCGCCUGUCCUGGAUUCUACAGGCCAACGUGGCCGUGGUUGUUCGGCAGGUAAGCACGUGGGAACUUGCCUUCAUGGCCAAAACAGAUGAUCCAGCUGUCCUUAAGAUCUUGAUGUCUAGUCCCCUCCAUUGAAAAUGAGCAUCAGUCCCAUCUCUUCUUUCAACUUCUCAUAAGCAAGUGUGUCAGGGCUGCCCUAGAGCCACUUGAGUCACCCAGACCCGGAGGUGGGGACAGUGAGCACCCCUGCUCACUAGAAUAGACACAAGGGCCAGCUCUCUGGUUCUGCCUCAGCCCCAGCCUUGCUAGUCCUACACACACACACACACACACGCACACACUGCCCUGUACAGCGCUGGGGCGGCAACUAGCCUCAUAGCCACAUGAGGGCAGCAGAGAGUCAAGAAUGCA